UGUUUGAGAAGAGGGCACGGAGAAUGCAGCAGCAGCAGCAACACCACCAGCCAACGGUUAACCACUUGUCGCGCGGGCCCUAUAAAAGCAGCUGCUGGCCGGCAGCCUCUUGCACACAUUCGAAUGUCACCGAAAGCGCCACAACAACCGACCGCCGGACAACUUCUGGUCGCGACUCGCUUUGAAUUUUCCAACAGCCCUCAAUCGCACCCGUUCCAUGGACAUCUAAGAAGAAUUCCCAGCCAGAACUAUCCCAGCCAAUGAAUGUAAAGUGAAUUUUUGAGUUUGAGCUUGUGGCAUUAUCUGUGGAGCUUCUUGAACAGUAUUUCCGAUAUUUUUUAAAGUUAUCACGGAUUCCUCUACCAUGGAUUGGUGAAGCUGUACGAUUUGAGUGUGAUAAAUAUAGGGAUUCGCAGUGCGGCUGCGGGAACUACAGCGUCGUCGACAUCGAGACGUUUUGGGUCAAGGAUACGACGGGAUAUAUAGUUGCAGAUGUCACCAACGGGACAUGUAUCGAAGACGCCCACGCCACACGAUAACGAUAACAACAGCAUCAGCGACGAGCGCGAGGAAUGGAGCGGCAAGGUAGAUUUUUUAUUAUCGGUUAUUGGAUUCGCCGUCGAUUUAGCAAACGUCUGGAGAUUUCCCUAUUUGUGCUACAAAAAUGGAGGUGGCGCUUUUCUUGUGCCCUAUGGCAUUAUGCUGGUGGUCGGAGGCAUACCGCUGUUCUACAUGGAGCUGGCACUUGGCCAGCACAUCCGUAAGGGGGCCAUCACCUGCUGGGGUCGCGUAGUACCGCUCCUCAAAGGAAUCGGUUAUGCGGUCGUGCUGAUCGCGUUCUAUGUGGACUUCAACUACAAUGUGAUCAUUGCCUGGUCGUUGCGUUUCUUUUUUGCAUCCUUCACCAGCAGCUUGCCCUGGACAUCUUGCAAUAACGUUUGGAACACUCCAAACUGCAGACCGUUUGAGAGCCAAAAUACUUCACGCGUUCCGCUGAUAGGAAAUGUCAGUGACUUUUCUGCCUUGAAUAAUGAGAGCCUGCUCUACGGCAACGAGUCUUAUGCCAAUGGUUCGCUCACGAGUCUGGAGACAGUGCCAGUGCCAGGGAACCACCAUGACGGCUUUCAUUCCGCCGCCUCUGAGUACUUCAACCGCUACAUACUGGAGCUGAAUCAGAGCGAGGGCAUCCACGACCUGGGCGCCAUUAAGUGGGACAUGGCACUGUGCCUGUUGAUUGUCUAUCUAAUCUGCUACUUCUCUCUGUGGAAGGGCAUAAGCACGUCGGGCAAGGUUGUGUGGUUUACGGCACUGUUCCCCUACGUGGUGCUGCUCAUCCUUUUGAUCAGGGGUCUCACUCCCCCUGGAUCGUUCCUGGGCAUUCAGUACUAUCUCACGCCCAACUUCAGUGCCAUCUACAAGGCUGAGGUGUGGGUCGAUGCUGCCACUCAGGUGUUUUUCUCCUUGGGCCCUGGUUUUGGGGUGCUGUUGGCUUAUGCCUCCUAUAACAAGUACCAUAAUAAUGUGUACAAAGAUGCUCUGCUAACUAGUUUCAUCAACUCGGCCACCAGUUUCAUUGCCGGGUUUGUGAUAUUCUCCGUUUUGGGUUACAUGGCCCAUACUCUCGGCGUACGGAUCGAGGAUGUGGCCACUGAGGGUCCUGGCCUGGUGUUCGUCGUCUACCCGGCGGCCAUUGCUACCAUGCCGGCUAGCACUUUCUGGGCUCUGAUAUUCUUCAUGAUGCUGCUUACGCUGGGACUCGAUAGUUCGUUUGUUGGAUCGGAGGCCAUUAUCACCGCUCUGAGCGAUGAGUUCCCCAAGAUACGGAUGAACCGUGAGCUGUUCGUGGCCGGUCUGUUCUCGCUGUACUUUGUGGUAGGACUGGCCAGCUGCACCCAAGGCGGCUUCUACUUUUUCCAUCUCCUUGACCGCUAUGCCGCUGGGUACUCGAUUCUGGUGGCCGUGUUCUUUGAGGCGAUCGCUGUGUCCUGGAUCUAUGGCACCAACCGUUUCAGCGAGGACAUACGCGACAUGAUUGGCUUCCCCCCGGGCAGAUACUGGCAGGGGUGCUGGCGCUUUUUGGCGCCCAUCUUUCUGCUGUUCAUCACGGUUUACGGGCUCAUGGGCUACGAGCCGCUGACUUAUAGCGACUAUGUCUAUCCCAGUUGGGCCAACGCGCUGGGCUGGUGCAUAACAGGCUCCUCGGUGAUCACGCAACUCUACAUUUAUACCCGAUACUUAGUCAGUAUGGCUCUCAUUCAAGAUCCGCUUCUAGUUUAG